CUGAGCCGUGAACAUCCCCGGCCCCUCCGCCGCCUCCAUGGCCGCAGACAUGGCUCCGUCUCUGGGCUGGCUGUCCGCCGUGUCCGCCGUGCUGGCCGGCGUCUUCUCCCUGCACAUGCUGCAGAGGCUGGUGUUCCCGUACCUGUGGAGGGACCUGCGGUUCCUGCUGAAGGUGGUGCGCUACGGCGUGAGGCUGGAGCUGUUCGGGCUGACGCGCAGCGUGCGCACGGUGCUGGACCGGUUCGUGGAGCAGGCGCAGCGCAUCCCCGACAAGCCGUUCGUCCUCCACGACGGAGCCACGCACACGUACCGGGACGUGGAGCAGCGCAGCAACAGGUUCGCCCACGUCUUCCUGGAGCGGCUGCGGCUCCGCAAGGGCGACUGCGUGGCCGUGCUCAUGAACAACGAGCCCGACUUCCUGUGCGUCUGGUUCGGCUUGGCCAAGGUCGGCUGCUCGGUGGCGUUUCUCAACACCAACAUCAAGUCCAAGUCCCUGCUGCACUGCUUCCACUGCUGCGGGGCCAGGACCCUGGUGGUGGGCUCAGACCUGGUGGACUCCCUGGACGGCAUCCUCAGCAGCCUGCAGGAGGACAACAUCCAGGUGUGGGUCAUGCAGAGUCACAGCGAGCGCACCAACGUGCACACGCUGCUGGACCAGCUGGACGAGGCCUCCACCCAGCCAGUUCCAGCCGAGCUGCGCUCCACCUCCUCCCUGAAGACCCCCACCCUGUACAUAUUCACCUCUGGAACCACAGGUCUCCCGAAGGCAGCAGUGAUCACUCACCUGCAGAGCCUGAAGGCAGCAGCGGGUUUCUGGGCCUUCGGCGCCAGUGAAGAUGACGUGAUUUACAUCCCUCUGCCGCUCUACCACAGCGCAGCGUCCCUGAUCGGCGUGGGAGGAACCAUCGAGCUCGGUGCCACAUGCGUGUUGAAGAAGAAGUUCUCGGCCUCCCAGUUCUGGACCGACUGCAGAAAACACGGCGUGACCAUCUUCCAGUACAUCGGCGAGCUCUGCAGGUAUCUCUGCAACCAGCCAAAGACAGAGCUGGACCAGGUUCACAAAGUACGAAUGGGCGUCGGGAACGGGCUGCGGCAGGACGUCUGGCGGGAGUUCCAGAGUCGCUUUGGUGACAUUAAAAUGUGCGAGGUGUACGGUUCCACUGAGGGGAACCUGUGCUUCAUGAACCACAUCGGCAGGAUUGGAACUGUGGGCCGCUCCAACUUCUUCUACAAGGUGCUGUUCAAGUAUGACCUGGUGAAAUACGACAUGGUGAAAGAUGAACCAGUGAAAGAUGAGCGCGGUUUCUGUCAGCGGGUGAAGAACGGAGAGACGGGACUCCUACUGUCCAAGGUGAGCGCCAUCAGCCCGUUCUUCGGCUACGCUGGAAGCAAGCAGUUGACGGAGAAGAAGCUGAUGAGGAACGUGUUUGUGAAGGGCGACGCCUACUUUAACACUGGAGACCUGAUGGCUGAGGAUCAGGAGGGAUUCAUCUGCUUCCGGGACCGAGUGGGGGACACCUUCAGGUGGAAGGGUGAGAACGUUGCAACCACAGAAGUGACGGAGGUUCUCGGGCUGGUGGAUUUUAUUCAAGAGGUCAACGUGUACGGCAUGGAAGUACCAGGUCACGAAGGCAGAGCUGGGAUGGCAGCGCUGAUCAUAAGACCCGGCCUCACCUUCGAUGGGGACAAACUGUUUGAAUGUGCUAGCAGGGAUCUGCCAGCAUAUGCUCGCCCACUCUUCAUAAGGCUUCAGGAGGUGAUGGAGAUGACGAGCACCUUCAAGCAGCAGAAGUUCCAGCUGGUGCAGAGCGGCUUCAACCCUUCCACCAUCUCCGACCCGCUGUACGUCCUGGACUACCAGCAGAAGAGCUACGUCCCUCUGACGGACCACAUCUACCAGAGCGUCGUCAGUGGAGAGCGCAAGCUCUAGAACCCAGGAGCGCGUGAUGGCGUGGAGGUUUUCCUGGGCGUCUUAACGAUGGCGGCGCAGCCGGAGUGAAGGAUUUACUAAAAAGCCAUCGUGCAGUCAGUGAGGAGGGGGAUCGUGAUCAGUUGACUGCAAGCACAUGAACAGUAACGUCUAAUUAAUUGUUGUUUUGUCGGAGAGAACUGAUGAAGUUGAUUGUAUCACUGUGAAACAAAAAGGUAUGUUCAAAUGACCUUUACCUCAAAAACCCGUGAAACAUCUCACACUGGAGGAGGGUCCUCUCUGAAGUCCGUCAGCUCCCUCACCUGUCCUCUCACCUGCCCUCCUGAAGACGGGAAACACAGCAUUAGAAUAGUGAAAAGAUGGAGGUUUCAAUGGUUUCAAUGGUUCAGGACGUUCCGAGACAGCCAAUCCCUCGUGCUUAUCAGUUGGAUAAAUGGAUCAAUAAUUAAUAAAUCAACUGUCGCACAGCUGCUUGCAACCCUAUUCACCACCUUUGGCAUUUUUCUUACUUCGUUGCUUUGUGAGCUGGAAUGAAAAUUUGGUUUUAUAGAAGUUUGUUUCCUUCAAGAACCCAAACUUCUGAUCUGAGUUCUGGGUUUUGUUCGGGCGAUCCAAAGAUAUUCAAGCAUUUCCCUUCAUACCAGCCAUGCGGCGCUUUAGAAGUGUGUUUGUUUGUUCCAGUCUGAACUCUGGAAGACUGAAACGGGUUUCCUGAAGCCGUCAUCUGUAUUUAGCUCUGGCUUCGAUUUCAAGCGCCUUGUGAUGGGAAACACCCCCCGCAGCAUGAUGCUGCCACCACCGUGCUCAGCUGUGGUGAAGAGAGGCUUUGAGUCUUCAUCUUCGUUGCCUCUCUGAUUACCGGCCAGCUCAUGUGGUCCGUGAUCUGUGGUGGUCCUCCCCCCUUUGCAGGGUCGUUGUGGUCACAUUUCAUUUUUCUGAAACUUUUCAGAGAGCUCGACAGGUUCCCUUUAAAUCAAUAUGAGUGAUUUAACUGUGUUUGUUUGGUUUUUAUAUAUUUAAAACGACAGAAUGCCAAAGGGAAUGAAUAUAUUUGCAAAAACUUUGUACGUAAAUGCAGUUUUUGAUGGUCCUUUUGCGUGACAGGAGGGUGUUUGACCCUUUAAUGCAGAGUGUGUAAAGGUAGGGUAAGCAAUUACUGUGUUUCCCCAUACUCAGCAAACAUCUGCUAGUGCCCCAGCUGUCCUUAAUAGCUGGGAGGGAAUCUGUCAAAAAUCAUAAAGAUUGUGCACUUGGUGACAAGUUUUUGAUAUUUGGCAUGGACAAAAGGUUUGGACAAAAGGUUUUCAAAAACCACCCAAACGAAUUGGGACGUCCCCUAGUGGCCGGUUUGCAGAAAAUUCAAAAUGGCUCCCGCCGAAAAGACCAAAGGUCAUAUCUCAGCUUCUCUUAGUCCUAGAUUGUUGUAUAUUGUCACUUUCUCUACUUUUUUGGUGCUAGGAAUUCAAUUCUGAUAUAAGUGUCCUAUUUCAAAGUAAUGUUGAAGGUCAAAUUUAAUUUUCAAGGUCAUUUAUUGCCCAAAAAACUCUUUCUAUCUCUAGAAUUAAGUCACAUCAAAAGAUUAUAGUAUAUAUUAUUAUAUAUACUCUAGACCCCUAUUUUCACCACCAAGGAAUGCAGUUUUCUGUUUAUUGGACAGGUCACUAUCACUGUAGUGUCAAUAAUCUGACUGGGUGAGAACAGUGGCUUCAUUCAGGCUUAAGAUGAACAGAACCUCAGAACUAAGUCACAGUGAAAGAAUAGGAUGUUAUUAAAAUAACGCACAAAAAACAUCAGCUGUGCAUAUUUAAACUCACUUAACACCAACAAUCUAUCGCCUCGCUGAUUGAUUCAUUUUGAAUUUUCUGCAAACCGGCCACUAGGGGGCGUCCCAAUUUGUUUGCGGUGGUUUUUGAAAACCUUAUGUCCAUAACUAACACCAUGCCAAAUAUCUUGUCACCAAGUGCACGAUUUUCCUGAAUUCCCUCCCAGCUAUAACACUGGGCCCAGGCUUUCAAACCAGAGACUGACAGCGGGGACAGCCCACCCCAAAGCAUUCACCACCAGACUCCAACCGUUCCCCCACACCAUGGGGCACAUUUUCUCGUGGAGGGAGGUGGAGGGAGGUGGAGGGAGGUGGAGACGGGGCCUGGCUCAUGUUUAGGGAUGUCUUGUUUCAAAUAUCAAUAGACGCGACCGCAUGCAGAAAUUGAAUACUCUGCCUUUAUGUGAUCAGCACAGAAUAGAUUUGUGGUCAAAUUUAAUUGCACAUUAGUUUUUCAAUGAAGUUUUUUUUUCCCAAAAUGUAUUUUUGGAUUUAUUAAGUUCUUCACAAUGAUGAUGUUGUUAAAGGAUUAUAAAUGCAUACGCACACACACCACACACAGAGGUUAGUUUCCUCUUUUAUUCCCGCGCAGUUAUUCAACACAAUUACGUCAAAAAAUAAGUAAAAAAAAAGUUAUAAGAUCAAGACUUAAUACCCUCUGAGAUGCAGCUUCAUAACUUGAAGAUGUCAUUUCCUGUGUGACCUUCACUCUCUGACGGCACAUUUGUUUCUGCACAGGUCUGAUGUUUUGAAGAGCCAUGGCUGUAAACCAAGCCAAGUUUACAUGCAGAACAUGCAGAAAGAUGCCAAAUAGAACUAAAACAACUAAAAGAGAUUAUAAAUGCACAAAAGUCAGGUUUCAGUGCAGAUUGGGAGAUAAAAUUGGCCUUGAAAUGCAGCAAAGAAUAAAAAGGUUUCAACAUGGAGUUUGAGCAGACCUGCAGUUUUCUGGGAGUUUCUGCUCCCAGACUUCUUAUUGAGGCCUGUAGGGUCAGAGAUGAAGAGCUUUAUGUGUUUGGGUCUUUUUUUAUUGCACUGUCUGAUCAUGGGAUACAUUUGCUGGGACAUCCAACCCGGGAAGAUGGGAUGCUCUCUUCAGUCAUUUAUCCAUCUUGCUGUGCGACGUGGUUAAAUGUGUCAUAGCUCUUUUCUAGACCGAUGCGUGGCAGCAGCUGCUCCUUUGAGACCAUUGCUUAUAUUCUUGCCUCUUGGCAUUGUGUUAACACACACCUGAAUGCCUCAGGUCAGUGGACAGCAGCAGUUCAUUGUGACGAUCGGCAGCACAGGGAUGUACCGUAUUGUCCAGAAUAUAAGACGACCCCCAUUAUAAGACGACCCCCUCUUUUUCAAGACUCAAGUUUGAAGAAAGACUUUUUAAACACCAAAUUCAAUUUUUAUACAGAAAAUAAUUACAGUACAUCUGAAACAAAUGAUUAUAACAAUAUAUUGGAGAGAAAAAGCCUGUUAUUUUGCCUCAUUGAAAUCAUUAUCUUGAAGUUUGCAUCAUAACUUCUCCUCAGCUGCCGGUUUACCUGCCGAUCUUCCACCCACUUCUUCCCGAUUGUCGCUACGUUUCUCCACUUUCUGUUAUCUCUUCUCUUAUUUUCUUCUCUUUUCUUUCUUAUACUAUUUUUUAUUUUUCUUCUUCGUGACAGGGGUCGCUUUAAAGAUAUCUGGCGCAAUCUAGCGUUGUGAAUUGGUAUAACGUCUAGACCCCGAAUGUAAGACGACCCCCACUUUUUCAGUCUUAUUUCAAUGCAAAAAACCCUGUCUUAUAUUCAGGCCAAUACGGUAACUAACGCUCACAGGAGGGUACUGUUGGAGCCUGUAUAACUUUUCUUUUUUGCUUUUUGGCGUUUUUAUUUUAGGGAAUAAUGAAGGUUAAAAGGUUAAAUAUUGAUUCUUCUGAGGUCCCACUUCCCCAACACCAGUAUCCAACUCAACCUCGUGGGCUCAAAAGACUGUACAUAUGAGUGCAUGUGUAAAGAAACUAGAUUCUAAUUUAUAAUUUAGUAAUUUAAGAGAGGAAUGUUAUGUUAUUUUGUUGAUAGCUGCAUUGAAACCUUAAUGAAGUGCCUUACAUACACUAGUGCUCUUAGACAAAUGCACUGUUAAACUUUUCCCUCUUUUAAAUGUUGCUACUUGUGUUUUCUGAUGUCCACAUGAUGCUGAGCGACAGACCCUGCAGAUGGCUAGACUUGCACCCAUCAACCAAAAACAUAAGAAAUGCAGGCAGGGAAAAGAGUAGGAUUUAUCCCGUCAUUACCGUGGUGCACCAAUCCCACCAGAGCUGGUGGCGUGCACAGUUAAGAUGUUCGCUGUGACAUGUACAGGGGCGUCAAUCGGGUAUGGCAAGGUAUGGCAGCAGCCACACGUCGGCUUCAAGGGAAAAUGUAAAUGUUUGUUUUUUUAAAUACAUUUAUGGAAUUACUCUGUGUCUCUUUGUAUUGAUUAUUCUAUUACUUAAUACAUAUAGAAUAACUACAAAUGCAAAUCAGAACAACAUGAUCGAUUUCACUAGUUAUUAUACACUGCAAAAACUCAAAAUCUUAACAAGAAUAUUUGUCUUAUUUCUAGUUAAAAUGUCUAAUUUUUAGUUAAAAAAAAUCUCAUUACAUUUAAGACAAGACUCAAAAACAACCAUUUUCACCUGUUUCAAGUAGAUUUUCACUUAUAAUAAGUAGAAAAAUCUGCCAAUGGAACAAGAUUUUUUUGCUUGUAAUGAGAAGAUAAAUCUUGUCCCACUGGCAGAUUUUUCUACUUAUUUCAAGUGAAAAUUUAUUUGGAACAAGUGAAAAUGGUCAAAUAACAAGUUAUUUUUCUGGUAAUGACUCUUGUUUUAAGUGUAAUGAGAUUUUUUGACUAAAAAUUAGUAGGGGUGGGUUAAAAAUAUCGAUAUUUUAUCGAUAUGCAUGUGUAGGAACGAUUAUCGAUACAUAAAUCCAAGUAUCGAUUUAAAUUUUUUUUUUUUUUUUAAUCCCGAUUUUUUUCCCCCAUUUUAUCACCCAGUGCUCCUACCUAAGUCAGUCCUGGGCAUUGCUCCAUCUACCAGCCCCGGGAGGCCGUGCACUGAGCUCAAGUCUCCUCCUUACUUGAGGAGUGAGCAGGCCGCUUCUUUUCACCAGGCAGGGUGGGGUUUCUCUGGCCGGACGUGGCGCGUGGAAGGAUCAUGUUAUUCCCUUAUUGUAACCAGAAUAUCGAUAUCGAAUCGUAUCCUAUCGGAAAUCGUAUCGUCUUGGGACCUAGUGUAUCGGAAUCGUAUCGUAUCGGGAGGUCAGUGAUGAUACCCAGCUCUAAAAAUGAGACAUUUUAACUAGAAAUAAGACAAAUAUUCCUGGUAAGAUUUAGAGUUUUUGCAGUGAGCGAGACUGCAUUUGAAAAAGUCAAUUUUCUUGACCACACAGAUAAACUACUGUACAUAGCAGACUUGUGUGAUGAGUAUUUGCUGGGCGUGUUGAUUGAUACUCCAGUUAAGUUCUGUGACUCGUAACCUUGCCAUACCUUAGCUUCCACUGAAUUGACGCCACUGGACAUGUACAGCUGGACCUGUCCGGGACAACCGUCCAGGAGGGCCGUCAGUGUUUUACAACAGAAUAUGAAGACGCUCAGACAAACAAGGUGGAGUCAACCUAUUUACACCUUUUAAGAACAAGCAAUACAAUCUGGAAAUCACCCCUGAAGCAGACAGGAAGCCAGUGGCACCCGGUGGUUCUCACCUGUACCACAGUCCGCCAGCUGAGCUAUCAUAGGUUUGAAUUGUUGAACGGGUUCUAGUUUCAGUUUAGUUUUAGUUUCCCACGCGCAUCAAUAAUUUAGAUUUUGAAUAGUUGGUUAGUUUUAGUUUUGAGGUGUUGACUUUGGCUAAAGAAACAAACCUAGGAAGAACGAGUCCUGUCGUUCUUUGCCGUCGUCCUCCUUGGUGCAAACACAGUCAACAGAAAUGCAGCAACUGUUGUUGCUCCUUUCAUGUUGAUCUGGCUGCUCUGGUUUGCCCACCCUCAUUUUUUUCUUCUUUUAUUUCAUUGAGAAUUGUCAAAUGCCGAGUGUUUGUUUGCAAAAUCAGUAGAUACUACCGGGUCCAACCGGAGACGGCUGAAACGACUGAAAGGACAGAGGAGGAGGAGGCCGGCCUUGUUAUAAUUUCACCUCCUAAGUUGUAUCCGGGACGCCCGCUAAUGAAAACCCGCCUAAGACUGGACAUCCAUGGCUGGUUUAUCACAUGGAAGGGGUAUUUCUCCAGGGUCAAAGGCAGGAGGAGAGUGGGAGUAUUAUGCUCAGGGUGACCCAGCAUCAUGAGUGGUAGCAAAACAUGGACACACCGUCACGACAGCUGUUUCCUAGGAGGUUCAGAUACUUAAAAGAAAAGGUCCCGGAAGGGUUGGGGGAACAGAAAGAGCUGAAGAUGGUGACUUGCCUGCAGAUUCCUCAGAUCACAGUCUGACAGCCAUCUGUGGGAUUUGCUUGAAGAACAAGUUCAACCUCCGGAGGCUCCAGUUCUCCCCUCCCGGGACCUGAAGGACAUAGUGGUUCCUGGAGUCCCUGUGGUCUGUGAUAGCCCAGGACACCUCCAGGGCUCAUGCAGAGUCCAGUCCUGCUGGCAGCACGGGCCUCCAAGCAGAGUCUUUCAGGUUUAAAUAAAGUGCGCUAACAGUCGGUCAAACCAUGAAACUGCCCCGACUUGACUGCAAAAGGAAGUUUGAGAAGUUGUUUGUAUUCCGGUUUUUGGUGCUGUGAAGAUCCAUAAUUUAUUAAUUUCUUUAUCUGUGACUUAGCACAAGUUUUUACUAAAAUUGUUUGAUCUAUCUUGGACAUUCAGGACUUUCAUUAAAACUUUCACUGGUCAAAUGACCUUCACGAUUAACAUGGCGCUGGGAUUUGAACCAUCACACGACACGCUAUGUUCUCAGGUUUGGAUGAUGUAUUUGAAUUAUUGACAGAUUAUUUGAAAUAACAAACAGAUGACAGAAACCACAGAAUUACUGGUGACUAAAAUGUGUAGUCAUCCAUAAUCCUCAGCUGUGUGGCCAUCAUAUAUGUUCACUGUUAAGUGACCGUGUCGAGUAACAUUUAGUGCUGUACACAGAUCCAAGAGGUGUUGUUAAAUGCACAGUUGGAGAAUUAUUUUUUGUUUUUUAUUCUUGAUUUUGUCAGAACAAUAAAUGCACUUGAGAUUAAA